UUCACUCAUUUCAGUAGCUGAAUCAACAUUCAAGAAGAUGUUUUCCCGUGCUGUGAGACCCACCGUUAGCUUCGUGCGGGGCUUGGCCACCUCCUCGCAGAACAAAGCCAAGGUGGCGGUGCUCGGGGCUUCGGGCGGCAUAGGCCAGCCGCUAUCUCUGCUACUCAAGAAUAGCCCCCUGGUGAGCCACCUCUCCCUGUAUGAUAUCGCUCAUACACCCGGAGUGGCUGCAGACCUCAGCCACAUCGAGACGAGGGCCAAGGUGACCGGCCACAUAGGCCCCGACCAGCUCGACGCUGCGCUGCAGGGCUGCGACGUUGUGGUAAUUCCAGCCGGCGUGCCCAGAAAACCAGGCAUGACCCGCGAUGACCUUUUUAACACCAACGCUAGCAUUGUGGCCACCUUGACCGAUGCCUGCGCCCGCACUUGCCCCGAGGCUCUGAUCUGUAUUAUCUCGAAUCCCGUCAACUCCACCAUCCCGAUUACAUCAGAGAUCAUGAAGAAGCAUGGAGUGUACAACCCCAACAAAGUGUUUGGUGUCACAACCUUGGACAUUGUAAGAGCUAACACCUUUGUUGCAGAGCUCAAGGGCCUGGAUCCUGCUCGUGUUAAUGUGCCGGUGAUUGGAGGCCAUGCUGGGAAGACCAUCAUUCCCCUCAUUUCCCAGUGCACACCUAAAGUGGAGUUCCCUGCUGACCAGCUCUCGGCCCUGACUGAAAGGAUCCAGGAGGCCGGCACAGAGGUGGUCAAGGCCAAGGCUGGAGCUGGAUCUGCAACCCUCUCGAUGGCCUAUGCUGGCGCCCGCUUCACCUUCUCCGUCCUGGAUGCCAUGAAUGGAAAAGAGGGAGUGGUGGAGUGUUCCUUUGUCAGGUCUGAGGAGACAGAGUGCAAGUACUUCUCCACACCUAUCCUUCUGGGGAAGAACGGCAUUGAGAAGAACCUUGGCCUCGGCAAGUUGUCCGCCUUUGAGGAGAAGCUGGUUGCUGACGCCAUCGGUGAGCUGAAGGCCUCUAUCAAGAAGGGCGAGGAUUUUGUCGCCAACUUGAAGUGAACAGUUGACCCCCUUAAAAAAAACAGCUGUGAUUGAGAAUUUGUUCAGUCUAUUUAAAGGCAUCUGGCUAAAUCUUCAUCUGUCAGUGUCUCCUCUGUCGUUUUUGAUUUAGACUCAUCUUGAUUCAGAUAUCAUCCUUUUGAACUUGGUUGUAUUUGUUAUGUAUAAUUAAUGUUCUCUUCUCAAACAUUGCUUUAUCUUGCACUUAAGAUUUGUGUACAUACUGUAAUGUUGUCUAUAUUUUGCAAAAGUAAAUUUAAAUCAGAAUUUCAUAUAUUUUCAUGUGCAACCCCACAUUAGUGGAGACUUCUCUGCUAAAUGAAUGAGGAGGAAAUACUGUCAUGCCUGAUGCAAAAUGCAGUAGAUGCUGCUGUUGAGCAAAAAUAAUCACUUCACCAAUAAACAGUUUAGCUUUAAAA